CCCAAUUUAAUGACUUGCGUAUGGGACAAUACAUACAGUUAAGCUGCUUAUAGGCUAACCAUUUCCUACGAGUUCAAUCAACUAAUAUCUCGUUGGUUUCUCCACAUGCAUUUCUUAAAAGAUUUAGAAUUGUGUGUAUAGAGAUAUAUUGAUGGAGGGAGAUGAAGAACAUGUAGAUGUAGUAAAUUGGAUAGUGUAUGGAGUGAUCUUGUGGUCGAGUUUAUUUAUGCUGACAAGAAAGAUAUUUCAUAACCGAUCUUUUGAUUUUUGCAACCGGAUAGUUUCUACACUUCAUGCUUGUUUGGCUGUAACUCUUUCAGUUCUGUCUGUUCAAGAUUGGAGUUGCCCUGUUUGCCCUUUAGCUUCUCAGCCUACUCCUCUCCAGGCGCAAACACUGGCAAUUAGCGUGGCAUAUCUGAUAUAUGAUCUGAUAUGUUGCCUGUUCGACAAUGAAAUUAAGCUCGAUAACUCCGUCCACCAUAUAGUCAGCAUUGUUGGACUAGGAGGCGGCCUCGCCUACAAAAUGUGUGGAUCAGAGAUGGUUGCGGCAAUAGCAUUAACAGAGAUGUCAAGUCCAUUUCUUCACAUGAGAGAGCUUCUCAAGGAGCUGGGUCACAAGGACUCUGACCUUAAUUUAGCUGCUGAUAUAUUAUUUGCGGUGAUCUUCACACUUGCCAGAAUGGGUGGGGGACCAUACCUCACUUAUGUGACUUUGACUGCCGACAUUCCCAUUCUCUUGAAGGCAAUGGCUUUGGGGCUGCAGCUUGUUAGCGCUUUCUGGUUCUACAAAAUUGCCAGAAUGGUCAAGUACAAACUAACGAAGAGGACAUCAAAACGAGUGCCUCUGGAUUUUAUACAAGAAUCGCAACCUUGUGAUUAAAGUUGCUGCACAAACUGGCCAUUGGGAAUCUGUACCAUAUCUAUGUCUCUGUCUUCACCCUGUAUCCUUUUUAUUUAUCCCUAUUUUUCUCCUCCAUGUUUACUUUUCACAUUAUAAAGAAAACAAGCAACUCAGUCUUUUU